CAUCCCGGGACGGGGACACGGGCUUCCGGACGCCGCGGUCCCGUCCCGACAUGGAGCAGAGGGCAGUAGUCCUUCUCCUUCUCUUACUUCUGAAACCAGGUCAAGCAGAACCCCUGGAUGACUACGUGAACACCCAGGGGGCCUCGCUGUUCAGUUUCACCAAGAAGCAGCUGGGAGCAGCGAGCAUAGCAGAGUGUGCAGCGAGAUGUGAGGCGGAGACGGAGUUCACGUGCAGGUCCUUCCAAUACCACAGCAAAGAGCAGCAGUGCGUGGUCAUGGCUGAGAACAGCAAGUCCUCGGCCAUCAUCAGGAGGCGGGACGUGGUGCUGUUUGAGAAGAGAAUGUAUCUCUCAGAGUGCAAGAUCGGGAACGGGAGGAGCUACAGAGGGACGAAGUCCAAGACGAAAACUGGCUUCACCUGUCAGAAAUGGAGCUCCAGUUACCCCCACAAACCAAACUUCACACCCAAAAAGUACCCCGCGGAGGGCCUGGAGGAGAACUACUGCCGGAACCCAGACAACGACGAGCAGGGGCCCUGGUGCUACACGACCAACCCAGACGAGCGAUUCGACUACUGCGACAUCCCGGAGUGUGAAGAUGAAUGUAUGCACUGCAGCGGAGAAAAUUAUGAAGGCAAAAUUUCCAAGACGAUGUCUGGCAUCGAAUGCCAGGCCUGGGACUCGCAGAGCCCGCAUGCGCACGGCUACAUCCCUUCCAAAUUUCCCAACAAGAACCUGAAGAAGAAUUACUGCCGGAACCCCGACGGCGAGCCGCGCCCCUGGUGCUUCACCAUGGACCCCAAAAAGCGCUGGGAGCUCUGUGACAUCCCGCGCUGCACCACACCCCCGCCCCCUUCUGGCCCGACCCACCAGUGCCUGAAGGGGAGGGGUGAGAGCUACCGAGGGAAGGUGGCCCGCACCAAGUCCGGGCUCACCUGUCAGCGCUGGAGUGAGCAGACCCCUCACCUCCACAACAGGACCCCGGAAAACUUCCCCUGCAAAGACCUGGAUGAAAACUACUGUCGGAACCCGGAUGGAGAGUCGGCUCCGUGGUGCUACACGACCGACAGCAAGGUGCGGUGGGAGCACUGUGACAUCCCGUCCUGUGCCUCCUCGCCCACGUCCGUGGAGCCCCUGGAUGCCCCAGCACCACCCGAGGAAACCCCCGUGGUCCAGGAGUGCUACCAGGGCAACGGGCAGAGCUAUCGAGGGACGUCAUCCACCACCAUCACAGGGCGGAAAUGCCAGUCUUGGCUGUCGAUGACACCACACCGGCAUCAGAGGACCCCACAGAACUACCCGAAUGCGGACCUGACAAUGAACUACUGCAGGAACCCCGACGAUGACAUCCGCCCGUGGUGCUACACCACCGACCCGAGCGUCAGAUGGGAAUACUGCAACCUGCGGAGGUGCUCGGAGCCGGCCGCCAGCCCGGCAGCCACUGUACCCACGGCCCAGCUCCCCAGGCCGGAGGCUACUUUUGAGCCAGACUGCAUGUUUGGCAACGGGAAAGGAUAUCGGGGCAAGAAGGCGACCACGGCCGACGGCACCCCCUGCCAGGGGUGGGCUGCGCAGGAGCCCCACAGGCACAACAUCUUCACGCCCGAGACAAACCCACGCGCAGGUCUGGAGCGCAAUUACUGCCGUAAUCCUGAUGGUGACACCAACGGCCCCUGGUGCUACACGAUGAACCCAAGGAAGCUUUACGACUACUGUGACGUCCCUCAGUGUGCUUCCUCCUCUUCCUAUGACUGUGGGAAGCCCAAGGUGGAGCCGAAGAAGUGUCCGGGAAGGGUGGUCGGCGGGUGUGUGGCCAACCCACACUCCUGGCCUUGGCAGAUCAGUCUCAGGACACGGACUGGACAGCACUUCUGCGGAGGCACUCUCAUAGCCCCCGAGUGGGUGCUGACCGCUGCCCACUGCCUGGAAAAGUACCCAAGGCCUUCAGCAUACAGAGUCAUCCUGGGCGCACACAAAGAAGUGAAUCUGGAAUUGGACGUUCAGGACAUAGACGUGGCCAAGUUGUUCUUGGAGCCCUCGCGAGCGGACAUUGCCCUGAUGAAGCUAAGCAGCCCUGCCGUCAUCACCGACAAGGUCAUCCCAGCUUGUCUGCCCUCCUCAAAUUACGUGGUUGCCGACCGGACGGAGUGCUACAUCACUGGCUGGGGAGAAACCCAAGGGACCUACGGCGCUGGCCUUCUCAAGGAAGCGCAGUUGCCUGUGAUUGAGAACAAGGUGUGCAAUCGAUUCGAGUACCUGAACGGAAGAGUCAGGUCCACGGAGCUGUGUGCUGGGCACCUGGCAGGCGGCACGGACAGCUGCCAGGGUGACAGCGGUGGGCCUCUGGUUUGCUUUGAGAAAGACAAAUACAUCCUACAAGGAGUCACCUCCUGGGGUCUUGGCUGUGCGCGUCCCAAUAAGCCUGGCGUCUAUGUUCGUGUCUCAAGGUUUGUUGAUUGGAUUGAAAGAACGAUGAGAAAUAAUUAAUUGGAUGGGAGACCGGUGGUGAAGCAUCAGGCUCCCCAGAGGCUGGAGCCCGUGUAGGGGAUCUGGUGUCUUGGAAGGAGGUGACAGGAAUCAAGGCACCGCACUUCGCUGUCACCUACCGCCAGCUCUCAGUGUUCUUGUAUGUGUGUGGCUAAAGGACUGCUGGAUUCUGUAAGAAUCAGGCAACACAGCUGUGCCACUGAUGGUGAAUAAACACUGUACUUACUUGAUUGA